AUGCGACUGCUCCAAUCGGACGUGAGUCACAACAGCUUCUACGGGCGAAUCAACCGCAACUUCGAGGGCAUAGUGCCCACAGCAGGGGCCCUCCUCAACCUCGCCCACAACUUCUUCUACGGCGACCCCGUGCUCUUCGCCAGUGGCUGCCAGUUCUGCCCGUCAGAAAUCGCGGCGGAGAGCGUGGUGGAGCCCGGGGAUCUGAGCGUACAAGCCGGAGGGAACUGCGUCGUGCAGUCAGAGGCGGGCAGAGCACCACUGGUGGUGGCACGGCAGUACGAGAGGGGGCAGGCCAGCCUGGCAAACAACUGCUUCCAGCCCACCGCCCCCCUCUCCUGCCCCGCCACUCCCUACUCCAACCCCAACACCCCUCCCAACUCCUCCACUUCCUCCUCCAUUUCCUCCUCCUCCCCAUCCUCCUCCUCCACCUCACCCACAUUCUCCCAGCGCACGCCAGCGGCAUGCAGGGCGUUCUGCAGCAUCACGGACAACGGCCCCUGUGACGGCCAUGGGGCCUGUGUGCCGCCCCCCCAGGGAGGGGACUCUUCUCAGGGCUCAACUGCCAACUUCUCGUGCCAGUGUGACGUGGGGUACAGUGUGUUUGACAGUGGUAACGGGUCGACGUGCGUCAUACUCACCACCACCACGGUCCCUGGUCCAGGUGGGUGGGUCUCUUCACAGCAAAAAUAA